AUGACACCCAAACAGCGAUACCUUUUUGACUUAACGGGGUAUAUCCACCUCAAAAACGUCCUCAGCGACGAAGAAUUGCAAAACGCCCAAGAUGCGGUUGAGCGAUGCGUCCAAACGCCGCAGGAUGAACUCCCGCCCGGUAUUAGUUACGGCGGUGGCGGCUAUUCCAACGGUUUUUCGUUCGACAAAUCGCUUGAGGCACUUACACUUCAUCCGAAAACGUGGCCAAUUGUGAAGGAACUUACUGACAAUAAGCCCCGUUUUAAUCGAGGUAGCCUCGUUGCCAAGGGACCAGAGCACGAUCAAGUUAUCGGCAAGUUGCACUGUGCUCGUGAAGAUUGUGGAUGGCAGACGCGCCGCUAUGAUGUCAGAGAUGGACAGGUUCACUGCAACGACUUCGUCGUCUUUUUCUAUUUCGCCGAUGUCCACCCCGGCGAUGGCGGCUUAGUUGUCCUACCGGGUUCCCACAAAGCAAACUUUGAACGCCCGGAGGGGAUCUUCUUCCCGGAUCCGGAGGAUCCACCCGAUGAACUCCAUCCUGCGUUAGUUAAUGUGACAGCGCGUGCUGGCGACGCAAUUGUCCUGUCCGAACUGCUGACGCAUGGGGUUCUCAUCUGGAAACCGAAGGAGCGGUAUCGGCGGUUUCUCAUCUUGCGUUACAAAACACAGUUUUUCCAAGACACAAGGGGACACAGAGAUCCAUUUCCACCUGAGGUGAUGGAGCGACUUUCCCCUGAAACCCGUGAACUUUCGCAACCCGCAUCCUAUACGCAUAUCAAGGACAUUGCCAAAAGCGAACAUGUCCGGGUGACCUAA